AUGCGCUUCGAUCCGGUGGAUGCGCACUAUGCGAAAGCGAUCCAACGGGCCAACUGGGAGCAGAGCGUGGCCAUUUUGGAAGAGGCGUCGCAAGCAGAGUUGCAACCUGGGAUCAUGAGCUACACUGCCGCCAUCAAGCGUUGCGCUUCUGAGCAUUCUACAAUUCUUGCACUAUUGGCUGAGAUGGACAAGAAGACCUUGGAACUCGAUGCAGUGUCCAUAAGCAGUUCCAUUUGGGCCUUGGGAAGCGACUGGGUGACCAGUUUGGCCAUGCUGGAACGGAUGAUUGAUGGCAACAUGCAGCUGAACACGAUCACAUGCAAUGCUAUGAUCCGAGCUUGUGAUCAAGCCGGCCAGUGGCAACGAGCUUUGGACGUGUUGAAAUUGCAAAGGGCCGAGCAGAUUCAGAUCGAUGCGUUCACUUAUAGCUCUACUGCCAGCGCUUGUGCGAAAGGUGGUCAAUGGACGCUGGGCACAUUGCUCCUAGAAGAGAUGAUCAAAGCAGCUGAGAGCCGGGAAUGCGAAAUCAACACCAUUUGCAUGAAUGCAGUGCUAAGCUGUUUUGAGAAGGCCCAGCAAUGGAGCAGGGCCAUUCUAUGCUUCGAGGAGAUGCCACUGCGAAGGCUGCAGCCAGACAGGACUAGCUACAAUUGCCUGAUGUCUGCUUGUAAUUGGCCCACAUCCUUGCAGCUCUUGGAAGAGAUGACGCAAAUACACCUGCGGCGAGAUGUUGUGAGUUUCAAUGCAGUCAUGCAAGCAUGCGCACGUCGUGGAGAAUGGCCACGUGCGCUUGCACUGCUUCGCAACAUGCAGGCUUCGACUGUCCGAGCAAGCCUUGUGAGCAUGAAUACAGCCAUGAGUGCCUGCGCAGUGGAAGGCAAGUGGCAAGAGACCCUGAGUUUGCUGGCUACGUCCAUCAGUGAAAGACUGGCCGUGGACAUCAUCAGCCUGUCGCUCACGGCGAGCGCCCUCUUAGGCGAAGGGCCCGGAACGCCGAAGGCAUCGAUGUCAUGGGUGAUCGAAGAGAUGGUCAGCAGAAGGAUUCGUUUGACCAGCUCCGUGCGCUCGAGCCUCCUCAGCGCCCUCCCGCUGCGCCGCCCCCGCGCCGUCGCCUUCGACGCCUUCGUCGCCAGCUCCGUCGACGGCGCGUGGCGGAGGGCGGUGGAGCUGGUGGAUGCGACGCGGAAAGGACGCCGCUUGCGCCGGGGUCCUUUGGCCUCUGCAGCCUUCCUUCGGCACCUCGUGACACUCGCCUCGACCUCUGCCUGCCUGUGGCUACGACGGGUGAUGCGCAGCAGCGCGAGGGGCAGCAGCUGUGUCUUCAGGGCCAAUCGCGCAAAGGCGAAGCCUGAUGUGCUGCGACAGCUGAGGGCCCAAGGAUGGCAUGUCGUUGCCGCUCCGUUCCAUGCAGAUGCUUUCCACGCCACCUUCGACCAUUCGACGGACACCGCGACGCUUGGCGUGACGCUGCCGCACUUGACGGGAGAGGUCUACUUCCAGGAGCUCUCCUCCAUGUUGCCCGCUGCCGUUCUACAGGCCGUGUUGCCAGCUGAUUCGUUGGUCUUAGACUUGUGCGCUGCACCUGGAAGCAAAAGCACCCAGCUGGCCCAGUUCCUCGCGAGAGGCACGCACGGGACCUUAGUGGCCAACGAGUUGGAUCCCUUCCGCGCAGGAAAGCUGAGAGCGAAUCUGCUGAGAGUUGGCUUGACGAAUUUCGUUGUGACCACCAUGGAUGGCAGAGCAUAUGGCGAUUUGCUGCCCAACACCUUUGACGGUGUCUUGGUAGAUGCGCCUUGCAGCUGCGAAGGGAAUGCCCGGAAGGAUAUAUUUGCCCUGCUGCUCGCCGGCGAGCGGGACUGGAGCUUGGAGGAAAAGCAGAUGGAGCUUGCGUUGAGUGGAUGGAACGUCUUGAAGUCCGGGGGCUACCUAGUGUAUUCCACCUGCACUCUCAAUCGUUGGGAGAAUGAGGGUGUUUGUGAACGGCUUGUGCGGCUCGGCGGCUGUGAACGUGUUCCUGUCGAGAAGGUGCUGGGAAUGCCGUCCGUUGAUGCUUCAGGACGCUUGUGGCCUCAAGAGUUGGAUGCUGAAGGCUUCUUCGUCGCCUGCUUUCGCAAGACGGCGCCGGUGCACGGCGUCACGGCUCCGAGGAGGGCGCCGGAGCCAUUCCGGCUCCGUGGGGCGGUUCUGUUGGCGCCGGAGGAGGCCCAGCGCUUGGAGCAGCGUGCGGUGGAGGUCAUGGGCUUUUGGCCAGGGGAGAAGGAGACCAUGGACGGCGAACGAACGUUGGAAGUGGUGGAUGGGUGUGGAUAG